AUGGACGACAAAGUUGAAGAAAAGAUAUCCACUAAUAACGUUCAAAUCGAUUUGGUACAAACUCACACUUUACAAAUGGGAAUGGUUGAAACCGAUCGAGCAUUUAAAAUGGAAUUGAUUGUUCUUUCGUCUGGUUACGAAAGACAAUUACCAAAGCACAUUGAAUGGCUAAUACACGGAUUAAAUUUAUGGAAAUCAAAUGUCAAAGUCAACGAAUUAUCUUCUAAAAGGAAAAACGAAUCAGAUGAUGGAUCGUCAAAUGAGAAUAUAGCGAAAAGAAUUCAAAAAUUAAUUAGUCCCCAAAUUGUUCAGAUAAAAGCAACUAAUUUAGAGAUCGAACAAAGAAUUGAUAUGUUUGUCCAACUCAAAAAAUCAGAAAUAAAUAAUAGCAACAGAGCAGAAUUUUUGCGAAAAUCGAGUAAUCCCAACGAUCCUGAUGAUGUAAUAUCAUGUGCUCGUACAGACGCUGCAGAAAUCAACCGUAAUAUUCAAAUGAAACAUGAUGUGGUAAAUAAUGAUGAUGGUCCUUUGGCUCGUUCUACUUUCUUAUCAUCAAAUCAACGGAAUGACAAAACUAAAGAGUUACCAACUGGCGUUGAAGAAAGAAUACAAAAUAUUGAAAAACAUUUAAAUUUAAAAAUUGACGUAUAUACAAGAAUAAAAAUUCUAGAAGACAAAAUUAUCCAACUCGAAAGAGAUUAUCCACCAUGGGCAGCUGUACAUUUUAAUCAACCUAAUCGUCAGUUCCCCCCACCUUCACCUGUAACGGAGAUUACUCUAAAUUCAAUUGGUGAAAUAAUAGGUAAUACGGGUACAACAUUACCUUCAGGAAAUAAAACUUUAUCAAAUUCUACGCCAACAUCAACGUACCAUUUAAAUUCUAAUUCAAUGGUAGAAGGAAAACAAAUGUCACCAAUAUCACCUGUCCAAAUACAACAAAAUCUCAAAUUUUCGCGUACUCCACGACCAAUUAAGCCCAAAAGUCGAGGACGCGGUGAUUCCUCAAUGACACGGUCAAUAAUGGAACAAUUGAAACAAAGACGUCGUAUCGAAAGUGAACAAAUAAACAAUAUUACAUCAAAAGCAGUUGGCAAUUGUCCAGUGGAAAAGAAAGUUGAAGACAUUUUAUUACGAACAUCGAAUGUAUCUCUGCAGGAAAAUCAUCAAAAACAUUCGUCGAUUCAAUCCAAAAUGACCGAAAUAACGGAAAUACAAAAUGAUGUAUUGAAUGCAUCAUCUUUAAAUUCUCAACAAGAUGUCACAAGUAAUAUACAGUCUCAAGAAGUAAUUUCUAUAAGGGACGAUCGUAAAAUCGAUCCAGGUAGUAAAAGUGAAUCGGAUACUGACUUCAUUGUUUCAAAUCGUGAAUCAAUGAAUGUGGACAAUUCUUUAGAAAUAAAUAAAAUUGAUAAUCUUAACGUAGAUAUGAUAUUAUAA